AUGUCGAGUAAUCUCCUUCGCCAUCGCGCUAUAUACCCCGUCGAAGACCGCAUCAUCCUCGACAUUGGCUCCCUCUAUAUCAAAUGCGGCUUCACAGGGGAGUCAAGGCCCCGGUUCAUCCUACCUCACACAAUUGCCAUCCCGCACCACGAUGGCUCUUGCUCGGGCGUAGGGGAGAUGCAGCCCCUAUGGGGUCUAGAUCUCGCCUCCGCGGAUAUGCACGCGCUGCGGUGUAGAAUCAUCUAUACGCUGAGGAACAUGUACAAUAUGUAUCUGCUGGCGGAUGCCCGUGUGAGGAAGGUUAUUCUGGUGGAGAGUGUUUUGAUGCCGACGGUGAUCAAGGAGAUGAUCGUCGCAGUACUCUUUGAGGUCAUGCAGACGCCGUCGAUAAAUGUGGUUCCGGCGUCCGUUGUUGCGCUUCUGACGGUAGGCCAGAUCACUGGCCUGGUCGUAGAUUGCGGGAACCUGGAGACGACCGUAGUACCGGUGUUCGAGGGACGAGCAUUCCUGCACGACGUGCACGCCGUUGCUCUCGCAGGCAGCGCACUCACCCUGCGUCUCAAGGCACUUCUCAUGCAGCACGCCCAGCUCAUCGACGGCGACAACGAUGAUGAUGACACCACCGACACCCUACACAGCGUGCUCGAACGCGUGACGCUGGAAGAAUGGGAAGAGAUGAAAGCGCAGCUCUGCUUUAUCGACGACCGGCCGGCGGCGCACGAGAUAAUGGAGACGGGUGGUGAGGGAGCGCAAACGCCGCGGGAUGGUGUAAGAUACACGGUGUACGCGUCGACUACACCGGAUGUCACGUUUGUUGUCGGGGCGAGCCGUCGACUCCGUGUGCCUGGAUGGGUCCGCGCCCGGGCUGCGGAGGUGCUGUGGGAAGGAGAUGAGGACAUGCGAAGCGUUGCGACUGUCAUACUUGAUGCACUGCAUAAGUGCUCGCCCGACCUCCGCCCCGUUCUCGCCGGCACCACCCUCCUCACCGGCGGCACAUCGAGCACGCCCGGGUUCCGCGCCCGCCUGCUCGCCGAAUUACACCACCUCACUCAAACCGCCAAACAUUACCGCUGGGCCAGCAAGCUCGCCAUCGCCAUUACCCCGUCGCCCGCCUUCCCGCCCGCAACGCUCAAUUGGGUCGGCGCCGCCCUCGUCGGUUCGCUCAAGAUCAAUGGGCAGGAGAUUGUCAGGGCGGAGUAUGUGAAGGACCCAAAUGCGGCGGUCGCGGAUUGGGUUCGCGUGGGGGAUGGGGGCGGGCACAGGGCAGAAGGGGUGGAAAGGUAG